CCACGCCGCGGGAGAUGGCCUCCCAAAACCCUUUCGGCUCGGUAGCCAGUUUUCCCGUGUCCGCUCAUGGCGCAAAAAUGACGUAGUGGAAUAUGGUUCGUGAUCCUCCAACGUGCAACAACGUGCUUUCGUGCCUCGCCGCUGGAAGGUGUUGUUGAUAAGGUACCGCCGCCGCACACGGAGACCCCCCCGAUCUCCGAGGCCCCUGAUCGUCCGCUUUCUCGCCAGCGCGUGCUGCAAUCAUGGUGUUGUUGUUCCGUUUUCUAAUUGCGUCAGACGUGUGAUACUCACGUGUAUCCGCGUAGCGGCGAAGCAAGUCAUCGCGCCCAUCUAGAGCGGGGUGGCGAACUUGGUUACCGUGCAGCCUAUUUUUUUUACAACACAUCCCGACGAUAUCAGGGUGCUCGUGACCGAGCCGCCGUUUUACUUGCGCAAGUUUUGUGAUGUUUAUCGUCGUCCUAUGGUGGUGCGCCGCGUGUGUCCCUGCCAGGAACUUUUCAUCUCAUCAGACGCGCGUGUUAAGACGGUGAAGAAAAAAGCGACCCCCAAAAGCGAAGAGGGGCACCUUUUUAGCUGCUCUCACUCGCAUCAUUCUUUAGUGAAGCAUAUCGUCCGCACCCGCGUUCGUGUGUGUGUGUUUCGUGCGGCCAGGACCCACGAACACGCAUCACAGUCAUCGCAGAGAGUCAUCAGUCUCGCCUCGCAAAAGUCACAUCAUCGCGCAGUCAUCGUGACGGAGUCGGAGCGUACGAACGUAAACAAUCAUCGUCGGAGCGAGCGGAGCAAAAUACGCAGCAUAUUUGUGUACGGCGGGGCUGACUAGUCGUGAUUGCGCACACGGUGUAGUGAGUGAGUUUUUGGUGUGUACUACGGGCACCUGGUGCAAAAUAAUAGUGCUUGUACUGCGUGUGUGUGCCUGUGCUUUUCUAGUGGCGCAAUUCCCGGAACAGACGGAGCGCCGCGGAUUGGCAUUCAAAAUAACCUCCCCAGCAGCGCAAUAACAACAAUCAACGGACCCUAGGGGGCGCCUACUAGGAGUGUGGUCGCGCACCUGCGUGUGUGUGUGCGGAUGAUUGUUUUUAAUUUAGCGCCACGGCGCGAUCGCGAACGAAAACAUGGCUGACCAGAACGAGAAAAUUCUGCACCGUCUGCUACAGCUCGAUGGCAACAGCAUUUGCGCGGAUUGUGACACGAAAGGUCCAGAAUGGGCUUCGUACAACAUUGGCAUCUUCCUGUGCACGCGAUGCUGUGCCGUACACCGGAGUAUGGGAGCGCACAUUUCAAAGGUGAAGCACCUGAAACUGGACAAGUGGGAGGACAGUCAGAUCGAGCGGAUGAUCGAGAUCGGCAAUAAGGCGUCGAAGCUGAAGUACGAACAACGGGUACCGGCGUGCUACCGGCGCCCACGGGAAAACGAUCCACAAGUACUGAUUGAGCAGUGGAUACGAGCCAAGUACGAGCGGUUAGAGUUUUGCAUGGUCGAACGACCGAGCUACACAUCCGGACGCAUGGAGGGCUUCCUCAUGAAGCGCGGCAAGGAGGACAGUCGCUAUCAGCCGCGCAAGUUCGUCCUGUCCGGCCUACACGACACACUGCGGUACUACGUGAAGGAAAAGCGCGAACCAAAAGCCAUUCUGCGGAUAUCGGAACUGAACGUGGUAUACGCACCGAGCAAACUGGGCAACCCUAACUCGCUGCAGCUCACGUACAUGAAGGACGGCAGCACACGCCACAUCUACGUCUUCCACGACGAUCCGGAGGUGAUCAACAACUGGUACAUGGCGAUCCGGUGCGCGAAACUGCACCGGCUCCAGGUAGCCUUCCCGAGUGCCUCGGAGAGCGAUCUGGUCGGUCUGCUGACGCACGAUUUCACGCGCGAAGGCUGGCUCCUGAAGACGGGCCCACGGCCAACCGAUAGCUACAAACGGCGCUGGUUCACGCUCGACGACCGGAAGCUGAUGUACCACGACGAUCAGCUCGAUGCGCACCCGAAGGGCGAGAUCUUCCUGGGCAACCAGCUCGAUGGGUACAGUGUGCGAAUCGGGGCCCCCGCCGGUGCCAAAGAUCAGGGCUUUAGCUUCACACUCUUCACGCCCGAGCGCACGUACAACAUGUCGUCGCACAGCGAGCAGGAUCGUGACGAGUGGAUAGCCGCGAUACUGAGAGUGCUCGAAAGACCGCUAAGCCCGCAGGACAGUUCAAUUUCUGCUCGUCUGAUCAGGAAACGGGGCGGAACCAACCCAAAGAGCAUCUUUACGGGCAGGUAAUAGUACCGCAAAGCCGCCGCCCCUCGACCACACGCGAAAGAAAGGGUUCAUUCGCUUCAUCGGAAAUAAUGGAAUGGUUUGGAAUGGUCCACCGCUCGCAGUGCGUUUUUUAUGCGUGUACAUCAUCGUUUUAGCAUUGUUUUCACGAAUUUCACUAACUUUAUAAUCAUACCGAGAAUGGCGUAGAAAGAAUCGGAAGAAACUCACCUCCGAACCGCGCACAUCUCAUCCAAUGACUUUUAAUAGUUUUCUCGAGAGAAAAAUAAAAUGUAUAGCACUAGGACUAGGUUAAUGCAAAAUCAGAGAUUAUGCUAAGUUGUAUAAGUUGUAUGAUAAGCAGAGUGUGCGUAAAGACGAGGGUUAGAUAAGUUCUCCAGGUACAAUGAGAUUUAUUUAUUGACAAAGGAAAACUAUGCACGAACUAUGCGCGCAAAACCAUACGAGGGGCUGGCUGGCGGAUAGAAUCCGGAACGAUGGCGCGGUGUUUUGCUUUAUUUUACAUUCGCACACAUCUUCACACAAUAUCUGCACGCGAUCGCGAGUAUAUGGUUCGUGCCCGGAUCCGCUGCGAAUUCGUGGCACAAAAUCAAUUGCGUAUCACGUAACCAAAUGGUCAAACCAUCAAGUGGUGCAAAAAAAAGCGAACGAGUGCGGGCACAAACGAACACAAAUGAUGAAGACAACUAACCCAAGAGAGGAGUAUCAUGUGUGAAAAAUCACUCAAAACCAUUGUAAGCAUCUUAGAUAGGCAAAAUUGAACAAAGAAAGCUCUAACGCAACUGUUUGCCCAAGAUUCUUGGCGCAAAAGGACACAGUUCCAAAAAAAAAGUGUAACCCGACACGACCAACGGUCACACGGGACAGAUUCUGAUAUCUUUUUGCUCAAUGCAGACCGUCGAUAUUAAUACAUCGAACACAAUUUGUUGUUCCUAUGACCGUGUACAAUCUGCGUAUCUCCUCGGUGGGGGGGCACGUUAAGUGAAUUUGAGCAACGGAGCUCACUGUAACAAUACAUAGUAAAACAGAAGAAACUAGGCGCACGCAAAGAAGGUCGUGAUCGCGAUCGCGAUCGUGAACGAAAAUGCAACAAUGAAACGGAUACUGCCCAAACCGGUGAUACGCGUGCAAAUCUUGUACGUGUUCGUGCAUAUUUUUCCACUACAACAGGUAGGUUAACACACAAAUGGCGGAACUCUACUAGGCGGAAGCGUGCCUGCUCUAGGUGCCUAAUAGAGGGCCGCGAACUAACUGAACGAUAAGUAGCCUAAAGUAAUGCGUAGGGAAGGUCGAAGGAAAACCGAGUCACAAAGACCACCAGAAACGGAACUAAUGAAAACUACAUAAAUCUGCCAAAAAUAGCUAAUUUAGGAGUGUGUAUCGUUUGCGUACAGGCGUGCAUUAGACGCCGAGGGAUACGAAGCGGCACGCACGGGGGGUUACGAUUGUACUAAAAGUAGCCAAAAAAUAAACUGAACAAACAAUAGGAAAGU